CCACCUUUGAAGACUUUCAGAUUCGUCCCCACACUCUCUUUGUUCAUUCAUACAGAGCUCCAGCCUUCUGUGAUCACUGUGGAGAAAUGCUGUGGGGGCUGGUGCGCCAAGGCCUGAAAUGUGAAGGAUGCGGUCUGAAUUACCAUAAGAGGUGUGCAUUUAAAAUCCCCAACAAUUGCAGUGGCGUGAGGCGGAGAAGGCUCUCGAAUGUUUCCCUCACUGGGCUCAGCACCGUCCGCACGUCAUCUGCUGAGCUCUCCACCAGUGCCCCUGACGAGCCCCUUUUGCAGAAGUCACCGUCAGAGUCAUUCAUUGGUCGAGAGAAGAGGUCAAAUUCUCAAUCUUACAUUGGACGACCAAUUCAGCUGGACAAGAUUCUGAUGUCUAAGGUUAAAGUGCCACACACAUUUGUUAUCCACUCCUACACCCGGCCCACAGUGUGCCAGUACUGCAAGAAGCUACUGAAGGGGCUUUUCAGGCAGGGAUUGCAGUGUAAAGAUUGCAGAUUCAAUUGUCAUAAACGUUGUGCGCCAAAAGUACCAAACAACUGUCUGGGCGAAGUGACCAUAAAUGGAGAAGGGAGUGAUGACAAUGACAGUGAAAGGAACAGUGGGCUCAUGGAUGACAUGGAAGAGGCAAUAGUCCAAGAUGCGGAGAUGGCAAUGGCAGAGUGCCAGAAUGAUGGUGGGGAAAUGCAGGAUCCAGACCCGGACCAUGAGGACUCCAACAGAACCAUCAGUCCAUCAACAAGCAACAAUAUCCCACUAAUGAGGGUAGUGCAGUCUGUCAAGCACACGAAGCGGAAAAGCAGCACAGUAAUGAAAGAAGGUUGGAUGGUCCACUACACCAGCAAGGACACGCUGGAAAUUCCUUUAUCGGAAAUUUUAUCUCUGGAACCAGCUAAAACUUCGGCUUUAAUUACUAAUGGGGCCAAUCCUCAUUGUUUUGAAAUCACUACAGCAAAUGUAGUGUAUUAUGUGGGAGAAAAUGUGGUCAAUCCUUCCAGCCCACCCCCAAAUAACAGCGUCCUCACCAGCGGCGUUGGUGCAGACGUGGCCAGGAUGUGGGAGAUGGCCAUCCAGCACGCUCUCAUGCCGGUCAUUCCCAAGGGCUCAUCCGUGGGUUCAGGAACCAACUCUCACAGAGAUAUUUCUGUGAGUAUUUCGGUGUCAAAUUGCCAGAUUCAAGAAAAUGUGGACAUCAGCACAGUAUAUCAGAUUUUUCCUGAUGAAGUACUGGGUUCUGGACAGUUUGGAAUUGUUUAUGGAGGAAAACAUCGUAAAACAGGAAGAGAUGUGGCUAUAAAAAUCAUUGACAAAUUAAGAUUUCCAACGAAACAAGAAAGCCAGCUUCGUAAUGAGGUUGCAAUUCUACAGAACCUUCAUCACCCUGGUGUUGUAAAUUUGGAGUGUAUGUUUGAGACGCCUGAAAGAGUGUUUGUUGUUAUGGAAAAACUCCAUGGAGACAUGCUGGAGAUGAUCUUGUCAAGUGAAAAGGGCAGGUUGCCAGAGCACAUAACGAAGUUUUUAAUUACCCAGAUACUUGUGGCUUUGCGGCAUCUUCAUUUUAAAAAUAUCGUUCACUGUGACCUCAAACCAGAAAACGUGUUGCUAGCAUCAGCUGAUCCUUUCCCUCAGGUGAAACUUUGUGAUUUUGGUUUUGCCCGAAUCAUUGGAGAGAAGUCUUUCCGGAGGUCAGUGGUGGGUACCCCAGCUUACCUGGCUCCUGAGGUUCUAAGGAACAAGGGCUAUAAUCGCUCUCUAGACAUGUGGUCUGUUGGGGUCAUCAUCUAUGUAAGCCUCAGCGGCACGUUUCCAUUUAAUGAAGAUGAAGACAUACACGACCAAAUCCAGAAUGCAGCUUUCAUGUAUCCACCAAAUCCCUGGAAGGAAAUCUCUCAUGAAGCCAUUGAUCUUAUCAAUAAUUUGCUGCAAGUAAAAAUGAGAAAGCGCUAUAGCGUGGAUAAGACCUUGAGUCAUCCUUGGUUACAGGACUAUCAGACCUGGUUAGAUUUACGAGAGCUGGAAUGCAAAAUCGGGGAACGCUAUAUCACACAUGAAAGCGACGACUCCAGGUGGGAGCAGUAUGCAGGUGAGCAGGGGCUGCAGUACCCUGCACACCUGAUCAAUCCAAGUGCUAGCCACAGUGACAGUCCCGAGAGUGAAGAAACAGAGAUGAAAGUCCUCAGUGAGCGUGUCAGCAUCCUCUGAGUUCCAUCCCCUAUAAUCUGUCAAAACACUGUGGAAUUAAUAAAUACAUACGGUCAGGUUUAACAUUUGCCUUGCAGAACUGCCAUUAUUUUCUGUCAGAUGAGAACAAAGCUGUUAAACUGUUAGCACUGUUGAUGUAACUGAGUUGCCAAGACAAAUCAACAGAAGCAUUUGUAUUUUGUGUGACCAACUGUGUUGUAUUAACAAAAGUUCCCUGAAACACUAAACUUGUUAUUGUGAAUGAUUCAUGUUAUAUUUAAUGCAUUAAACCUGUCUCUACUGUGCCUUUGCAAAUCAGUGUUUUUCUUACUGGAGCCUCCUUUUGGUAAGAGACAGAACCUAUCCAUGAAAUUGUUCUGUGCAGUGUGUCCCACUGGUGGUGUCGUUGUAAACAAACUCUUGAAGAGUGGAUGUAUUACCAGUGUUCUAUGAACAACUCAUGUGGAAAAACAAAUAAUGGGAGGGGAGGUAUAAAAUUCUAAGACAUAAAUGCAUGAAAGAGUUUUACUGUAUAGUUUCAACUCCUUGGCCUGCCUGAUGUGCCUCAGUAUGUUGAUACUCAACUAAAUGCACCGAGGCACACAGGGUCUACUGCUCUUAAGCCUAAAUGCCUUAGAAAUGUAAACUGCCAUAUAUAACAUAUAUUUCCCCCUUUCUUAUGAUAUCCUGCUGUAAUGUGGAAAAUCAGCAGCUAAGCAAACUUUUGCCUUUGUGUAUUUUUCAAUAAGAACAAAUAAAUAUUCUUGUCAAAAUA